AUACUACGUCGUUUUGCGCAUUCAACUCCAUCUCCCAAAGCCUACCUUACUAGGAAGCGAAGCCAAGCGAAACACGGGUCACAUAGCAACUCAACGCGUCCGAGUCACUUCCCUCACUAGACUCGCUCCUCCAUCUUCUCCGUCGCCACAUACGGGUUUUCAUUCUCACAUAAUUUUAAGAUACCCCAUCGCCAAAACUGUCCGAUUCCAAGCAAACUCUGUCGCUUUUGGACCAACACAAUCACCCCUAUUUACUCGAUUCUGUUCUAUUCUCAUUUCUCUGACAUCAACCAGCUGUCGCAACUACUGCAGACAUGAGUUUUGUUUUCCGUGGAACAAGAGUUCCAGACAUAGAAAAUGGUCUAUCUGGAUUUAUACCUGAACGGCGUGCAAUGCGGGUUCAUGCAGCACGUCCUGUUAACUCAAACUCACUUGCCUUUCUUGUCACAGUCCUUUUGUUGUUCAUGAUGUUAAAUUCUCACCAGAUGUCACCGAACUUUCUGCUCUGGCUUGUGCUUGGUGUGUUUUUGAUGGCUACAACAUUAAGGAUGUAUGCGACCUGUCAACAACUUCAGGCUCAAGCCCAAGCUAGAGCUAUGGCAGCCAGUGGCCUUCUUGGGCACACUGAAUUGAGGUUACAUAUGCCACCAUCAAUAGCACUUGCUACUAGAGGACGUUUACAAGGGCUAAGGCUUCAACUUGCUCUGCUUGAUCGGGAAUUUGAUGAUUUAGAUUAUGAAACUUUGAGAGCUUUGGAUUCUGACAAUGCUCCGACAACACCUUCUAUGAGUGAGGAACAAAUAAAUGCUCUUCCUGUUCAUAAAUACAAGGUUUCUGGUCCUCAAAGCGACCCCUCUGUGAACCAGCAGGCUUCAUCUUCAGAGUCUAAUGAGAAGAGACAAGAUUCAGCUAAUGCAGUUGGCAGUACCAAGGCCUCGGAGGAUGAACUUACGUGCAGUGUUUGCUUGGAGCAAGUAAAUGUUGGUGAACUCGUACGUAGUCUGCCAUGUUUACAUCAGUUCCAUGCCAACUGCAUAGAUCCAUGGCUGCGACAGCAGGGCACGUGCCCUGUUUGUAAAUUCAGAGCGGUGUCUGGGUGGUCAGAACAGGGACAAGGGGAAACCGAUGCGUAUUCGGUUUGAUUGAAGGCAAGGCAAGUUAUCGAACUAUGCUUGAUGCCUGCUUAAAGCGCAGCGUAUAUGGACAGACAUGGUGUAAUUAGGAUGAGGGUAGGAAUUACAGGAAGUGCGAUUGCCUUCUUUGAACUUCUACAAGCCAUUUAUUAAUUGUAUUCUUGAAGUUGAUCAUUUGUUAUAUAGUCUCUGACCAUUGCGAGUGAGCAGAAUUUUGUUCUUUCACUAUCUUCCAUGUAGUCCAAACCUUACCAGCAAGUGCUUGUUAUAUCUAGAACUCUUUCAUGAUUC